GGAGAGAGAGAGAGGGAGGCACGGAUAUUUAUAUCCUCAAGCAAGGCUGCAGCACAGUGAUAAGGCUUGGGACCAAGCCGCAGGCACACGGGGCUUACAGGGAAACCAGGACGCGUCAAGAUGAAACUCUUCCUUUGGGCUCUCGUGCUCGGGGCCGCCGCGGUCGCUCUGGCCGGUGCGGCCGGUACCGACGGGGGGAUCUCCUUCGAGUACCACCGCUACGAGGAGCUGCGGAAAGCGCUGGUGUCGGUGUGGCUGCAGUGUCCGACCAUCGCCCGCAUCUACACCAUCGGCGAGAGCUUCGAGGGCCGCGAGCUGCUGGUGCUGGAGAUGUCCGACAACCCCGGGACGCACGAGCCUGGUGAGCCUGAGUUUAAAUACAUCGCCAACAUGCAUGGAAACGAGGCGGUGGGCAGAGAGCUGCUCAUCUACCUGGCUCAGUACCUCUGCAACCAGUACCAGCAGGGCAACGAGACCAUCAUCGACCUGAUCCAUAGCACUCGCAUUCACCUCAUGCCCUCCAUGAACCCAGACGGCUUCGAGAAGGCCGCUUCACAGCCGGGCGAGAUCAAGGAUUGGUUUGUUGGCCGCAGCAACGCUCAGGGAGUGGAUCUGAACCGCAACUUCCCCGAUCUGGACCGCAUCAUCUACAUCAACGAGCGCGAGGGCGGCGCUAACAACCACCUGCUGCAGAACAUGAAGAAGGCCGUCGAUGAAAACACCAAAUUGGCUCCAGAGACCAAAGCUGUGAUCCACUGGAUCAUGGACAUCCCCUUUGUCCUGUCAGCUAACCUGCAUGGAGGAGACGUCGUGGCCAACUACCCAUACGAUGAAACCCGCACAGGAUCCACCCACGAGUACAGCGCCAGUCCAGACGAUGUGGUGUUCAAGUCUCUCGCCCGGGCUUACUCCAUGUUCAACCCCGUGAUGUCUGACCCCCACCGGCCACCGUGCCGCAAGAACGACGACGACUCCAGCUUCAAGGACGGCAUCACUAAUGGCGGGGCCUGGUACAGUGUACCGGGAGGGAUGCAGGACUUCAACUACCUCAGCAGCAACUGCUUCGAGAUCACUCUGGAGCUCAGCUGUGACAAGUUCCCCAACGAGGACACGCUGAAGAACUACUGGGAGCAGAACCGCAACUCGCUGGUCAGCUACAUCGAGCAGGUUCACCGAGGAGUCAAAGGUUUUGUCCGUGACCUCCAGGGAAGCCCUAUCUCCAACGCCACCAUCUCUGUGGAGGGUAUUGAUCAUGACAUAACGACAGCCAAAGAUGGAGACUAUUGGCGCCUACUUGCACCAGGAAACUACAAAGUGGCAGCGUCUGCCCCGGGAUACCUGACUGUCAUCAAGAAGGUGGCUGUUCCCUACAGCCCUGCGACCAGGGUGGACUUUGAGCUGGAGUCUCUGAUGGAGCGGAAGGAGGAGGAGCGGGAGGAGCUGAUGGACUGGUGGAAGAUGAUGUCGGAGACACUGAACUUCUAAAGCUUUUGUCUCGCUGACGAUCAGACCGUCCAAACAUCCAUGUAAUAUAUUCAACACUCCGUGUGCCCGCCCACCCUAAAAAAAAAAAGAGAA